CGCAUGGACUUAUUUGACGAAAGCUUUUCGGAUUUUAUGUAAAGAAUUUAUUAACACACACGCGCAGAAUGUGUAAAUACCCAACCACAUCGACAAGUUGUUGGUGGAUCCAGUUCAAGAAAAUUUACGAUGUGAUGACGAUAUUUCUAUCAAAACUGAGGAAUACAUUUAAUAAUAUAACAGUAAUGCAUGAUAAGGUCGGCGUGAUAUGACAGUUAAUCAAGAUGUGAUUCUGAUCAACAUAUAGAAAACAAAUUCAUGAUUUUACGAACACGAGAAAAUCUGCAGAUGCUGGAAAUCCAAAGCAACACACACAAAAUGCUGGAGGAACUCAGCAGGCCAGGCAGCAUCUAUGGGAAAGAGUAAACAGUCGACGUUUUGGCCGAGACCCUUCAUCAGGUGCUACCUGACUUGUGGAGUUCUUCCAGCAUUUUGUGUGUUUUGCUCAGGAUUUCCAGCAUCUGCAGACCCUUGUGCCUCUUAUGCGCUGGUAUUAGGCAAGGACCUGGUUCACAGUUUCCUCUUUCGUUUUCUGUGUCCUUUGACUUGAGCAAUGGAGAACACUGAGGAAAUAUCAGAGAGAAGCAACAGAGUCAAGAACUUUUUCUCCAAUGUGAUAGAGAAAGCCAAACUAAGAGAAUGUUUGACAUGCUAUUGCUUUUGCGGGCUUUGGGGCAGAAGGCGCGAUGGGGACAGAGAGAGGAGACGCGACGCUGUAAGCUGGGCAACGGAAUGGACCCUGAGCGGGAGUCCAAGGCCCAGGGUCUUCGGCGAGGAGAGGAGACAAGGACAGACUCGUGCGGAGCGUCUGGUCGACCACCGUGGUUGGUCCCAGGCGGCGGGUCGAGGAGGUCAGAGGAGAUCGUAAUCAAGGAAAGAGGACCCCGUUAAUUGAGUUCCAAUGGUUGUGCACGAAGUGGUUGAACUCUGAAUCUGCUGAAGAUUUUGCUCCUUGGUCAAGGAUUAUCCAUGUUAUUAUGCGGAACUGCAGUCAGCAGUCAAUACUUGGCAGAUGUUUUUUCUGUCAACACUCCAAUGCUUCAGAGCUUUAUCAAUUACGUUCUAUUGUUCCUGGUUUACACUGGAAUAUUGGCUUUUAGACAGGGCAAUGAAACUUUAGUACAAAUACUGAAGGCAAAAUGGUGGAAAUAUCUUCUGCUGGGACUCAUUGAUGUUGAAGCAAACUAUAUGGUAGUCAAAGCUUACCAGUAUACAACAUUAACAAGUGUUCAGCUCCUAGAUUGCUUUGUCAUUCCUGUGGUAAUGGUCCUAUCAUGGUUCAUAUUACAUUCAAGAUACAAAGCCAUCCAAUUUGUAGCCGUUCUAAUGUGUUUGCUGGGCGUUGGAAUUAUGGUUUGUGCAGAUUUUCUGAGUUCAAAAGAUCAAGGAACAGGUAUCAAUAAACUGCUGGGAGACCUGCUUGUUCUGGGGGGUGCUAUUCUCUAUGGAAUUUCGAAUGUAUGUGAAGAAUUCACUGUGAAAAACUUUAGCACAGAGGAAUUUCUGGGGAUGGUUGGCCUGUUUGCAACCCUCUUUAGUGGUAUACAAUUAGGCAUUCUGGAACACAAUGAAGUUGCAAACAUUAAUUGGAACUGGCAAAUCGUGUUAUUAUUCAUUUCAUUUGCUGCCUGCAUGUUUGGCUGGUACAGCUUCCUACCCAUUGUAAUGAAGCUCAGUAAUGCCACCUCAGUCAACCUUGCCAUUCUGACUUCAGACCUCUACAGCCUCUUUUUUGGGAUCUUCUUAUUCCACUACAAGUUUUCAGUUCUGUAUAUCCUGGCUUUUGUGCUCAUUAUGGUUGGAUUUAUCAUCUACAACUCAACUCCAUCACAUACAACUGGACUCCAGAGUCAACAGCAAGCUGCACUUGAAGGCUUUGACAACCCUGUCCCAGUGACUGAUGUCAAUACCCAAGAAAUCAGCAGCUAUUCUGCACCUGCAGAAACACCCAACCAGAACUGAUGUUCAGCAUAAAGGAUCCUUAAUUACUUCUUAAAACUUUCCUUUGUGUUAUAAAUUCUUUUUGUUUCUUUCUAUCUGAUGAAAUAAUAUAAUUCUUCAUCAAUAAGCACAUUUCUGUUUAACAAUGAGUUUAUUAUAAAUUUGCAUUACCCAAGUUUCAAGGGCAAAUGUUGGGCUUCAGAAAUUUCUUUAACCACAACCUUUCCAGGUAAAUAUUUCUCCUCCUGAUUAGCUGGAUUGAGAUGUUUCAGCACUGAUUGUAGUUUAGAUAGCAUGAGUGCUUAUCUUAAAGUGAUUCACUUUAGGAUUUCAAGUUAACUCAGGGGGGAGAAAUAGUGCUGUGCAGACAAGGCUUGGUAGUUCAUUAUCUACACUACAGACAUUGUGAGAUAGUACAAUCCAGAUUAGGAGUGUAGUGAAUGCAGGCAGAGUCAGAAUCCAAAUUGGAAUCAGAUUUAUUGUUGGCAUAUAAAUGUGAAAUUUGAUGUUUUGCAGCAGCAGUGCAGUGCAUGGACAGUUCUCUAGGCAUGGGCAGCUGUGGUGGUCAAAGCAAUCUAACACACCAGCAACUUGAUGACAGUCUAUUUAAUGGGGAAUAUGAUGUUUGAGCUAUAAAGUAAACCUGGUGAUUAAAUGCAGAAUAUUUGUCAGAGGAGACAGGCCAAAUUAUGCAUAUGUCAUCUACGUAAACAAAUCAAAGAAAAAUUCUACCACUGAAUGAGGGAAUGUGAUGUCAUACCAUGACAUUAAAGAGGAAAUUGAAAUAUCUAAAAUGUUUGCAAUGAAAAUGAUUAAUAUUAACAAAGGGUAUAGCAAGAGAGACAUAAAGGCUAAGUCUUCCCCAAGUCAUGGAUUCACAGUGCUGACUCUUUCGCCAGACGGUGGUGAAUCUGUGCAGUUUAUUGCCACAGAUGGUCGUGGAAGGCAAAUUAUUGGGUAUACUUACAGAGGAGCUUGACAGGUUCCCGAUUAGUAAGGGUGUCAAAGGUUACGGGGAGAAGACAGGAGAAUAGGCUUGAGAGGGAUAAUAUAUCAGCCUUGAUGGAAUAGCAGAGCAAACUCAAUAGUCCAAAUGGCCUAAUUUUACUCCUAUGGCUUAUGGACUCAUGUGCAAGACAGUAAAGUCUGGGUGUAUAUGUCCAGCUCCUGGUCAGUGAAUGAAAUAGGUAUUGUGACACGAUGUCAAAGGAAAUCUAUAACUUACUGAAAUGUCUCAAAGAACAGCAAUGAGGCUGAGAAACAAGUGUGUGGAAAAUAAAGUGUCAAUUUGGCUGGAUAAUUAGAUCAGAAUCAUGUGCAGUAACCUUCUGGACCAGCCUUCCACGUGGAACCUUGUCAAAGCAACACUAAAAUCCACAGAGUGAAAACAUAGAUCCCACCUUCAUUCAACUUCUUGGGUACCUCCGAUUUGUGAGACAUGAUCUCCUCUGUAAAAAAUAAUGCUGAUCCCUCCCACUCACUCCCUGACUUUCAGAGGGAAUGUGAAUCUUGUCCAGGGAACCUUCCCCAGUAACUUUCCUACAACUGAUGUAAGACUCACUGGCCCAUAGUUUCCAGGCUUAUCUCUGCUGUCCUAAUUGAAAUUUACAGGUUUAAUAGUUCUGGUUGUAUUACUACUGUAGAUCCUUCUUUUCAAUAGAUUGAAAUUUCAGUUUGAGCACAAAGAGAUUUCUAUCAUCAUGUGACAAGAAUGUAAAAAUGUCUUAAUAAAACAAAUAAAUCAUCUUUUAUGUGGUUGAGAGGAUAUAGUGAAGCUCCAAAUUUUUUUUGGUAGAUUUCUAAUUCUAAUGAAUUCUAUGUACAGUAAUGUCAAGUUUAAAUGCUAAAUGUAUUUCAAAAAAUGUAUUUCCCCUAGGGGGCAUUAUAACAUCAAUUCAAAUGUAUAUCAUUGUGUCAUCAACACAGGGAAGCAGAACAGAAUACAAAAUAUGCUGAAAGAUUCUUUCUUUCUUUAACCCACUUAAUCUAAGGUAUGGCUCAAAA